AUGCUGCCAUUAAAGCUUGUUCGCUCACUGAUUUUUCCUGAUACUGAUACAAACUAUACAAACCCUCUUCUUCUUCUUCCCCAAAAUCAGUUUUUCUCUAAUCACAAUAAUCACCAUGGAAAUGUUGAUGAUACCAUCCCCAAAUCAAGAGCCAAAACCCCAUUAAUUCUUUUCAAUCCCACCCAAGAAUUGGUAAAAGACACGUACAGAUUAGCCAAACUUGCCCGAGAAAUUGGCAUGGAUCUUCACCCAAACCCAUCUCUCUCACACAUCAUCUUCUUAUGGCCAUCAUGCUCAUGGUCAUUGGGAAACGACGCCGUUCCAUUGCCAUUCCCAUCUCUGACCACAGCGUCAAUGUCCCACUUGCGCCUCUUUGUCAAUCUGUCCAGAGGCUUCUUCAAGCUGGUUUUCUUGAAAAGUAAUCGCAGCCCACUCGAAAAAAUCGAGUCUUUGAACAAUAACAACUGGGAUUGGACCUCAAGUUGUUUGUUUUCAAGAAUCACCGGUGAGAGAAUAUAUUCGAUGGAUGGGUUUUCGAAGGCUUUGCUUGGAAUGGGAUGGACCCUUUUCAAGACUAAUGCUAAUAACCAAGCUGUUCAAGAUUCUAUGGAUAGUUCAGUGUACUUGUAUAGAAAGUCGGGUAUGAAUAGAAUUUGUAACGCUAUAAAGCUGCCCAAUGCUAAUGGGGAUGGUGGGGAGUCUUGUAGGGUUAGAGAAUUAAGGCUAGCCAGAUCCCCACUCAUUGAAUCAAGAUCCCGGAGCUUGGCGACAUUGAAUCCAACUGGCCUCAGAUUGGUUGGCGAAGAAGAAGACUUGAUUUUCUUGUGCUGCCUUGACUUCAACUAUCACGGUUACUAG